AUGUCGUCAGAAAAAGUUUUGAAUUAUACGGCACCCUUUAAAUCAUUUUUGGAUACUUCUUUCUUCCAGGAACUAUCGAGACUGAAGCUCGAUGUUUUGAAAUUGGAUUCAACGUUUCAGCCACUUGUUGUGAAUUUGGACCUUCGUAAUAUUCCAAAAUCUGCAGAUCAAGUUCCACUAUUCUUGACUAGCCGAGGCUUCGAAGAGAACAAUAACAGAUCUGACAAUGAAGUACCUGUACGGGGUAAAAUUCUCAACUUUAAUGUAUUAGAUGACUUUAGGAAAUUGGACAAACAACAUUUUUUGCGCCAAAGAGCCUUAGAGUGCUGGGAAGAUGGAUUAAGGGAUAUCAAUAACUGUGUUUCCUUUGCAAUCAUUAGUUUUGCUGACUUAAAAAAAUAUAGAUUUUACUAUUGGUUAGGUGUUCCUUGUUUCCAAAGACCUUCUUCAACAGUUGUACAUGUGCGGUCAGAGCCAAGUUCAGCAUAUAUCUGCACGAAAUAUCAAGAUUGGUUUGAUGCCAAUUAUUCAAAAUGGGUGUGUAUACUGAAUGAAAAUGAAGACAUAGUAAACUAUGACAAACAUAUUAUCGGAAAAACUAAAGUUCUGGCAGUGAGAGAUACAAGUACGGUGGAAAAUGUCCCUUCUGCUCUAACGAAAAACUUCCUAAGUGUGUUACGGCAUGAUGUCCCUGACUUGACAGAUUUCAAAUUGUUAAUUAUUCGACAAAAAGGAGGAAGUUUUGCGUUAAAAGUUACCUUUGUUUCCAGUGAUUCGCAAUCAUCACCAAGUAACCCAGAUAUGAAAGUUUCUGGAUGGGAAAAAAAUAUGCAAGGAAAGCUGGCGCCACGUGUUGUUGAUCUGGGCUCUUUGCUGGAUCCAUUGAAGAUUGCUGAUCAAUCUGUGGAUUUAAAUCUAAAGCUAAUGAAGUGGAGAAUUGUUCCUGACUUGAAUUUAGAUGUCAUCAGUAAUACAAAAGCACUGUUACUAGGUGCUGGUACAUUAGGUUGCUACGUUUCACGUGCAUUAAUGGCAUGGGGCGUUAGAAAAGUUACGUUUGUGGAUAGUGGUACAGUUUCAUAUUCAAAUCCUGUUAGACAGGCAUUGUAUAAUUUUGAUGACUGUGGGAAACCAAAGGCAGAGAUUGCGGCUUCUUCUUUGAAAAAAAUAUUUCCCUUAAUGGAUGCUUCAGGUGUGACAUUAAGUAUCCCUAUGGUUGGUCAUAAAUUAGUUAACGAGGAGAGUCAACAUGGGGAUUUUAAGAGGUUAAGAGCUUUGAUAAAAGGGCACGACGUUAUUUUCCUUUUGGUGGAUUCCCGAGAAAGUAGAUGGUUACCGUCAUUAUUGGGCAACAUGGAAAAUAAAAUCGUCAUCAAUGCUGCUUUGGGGUUCGAUAGUUAUUUGGUUAUGAGGCAUGGCAAUAGAUAUGAACACCUUUCAAAACAACUUGGUUGUUACUUCUGCCAUGAUGUAGUGGCACCAACUGACAGCUUGACUGAUAGGACUUUAGAUCAAAUGUGUACGGUAACUAGGCCAGGCGUUGCGAUGGUGGCUUCUUCUUUGGCAGUUGAAUUGAUGGCUUCAUUGCUACAAAUUAAAAGCGCAGCUUCAGGAACAUCUGUGUUGGGAGAAAUACCUCAUCAAAUACGUGGGUUUUUGCAUAAUUUUUCUACUUUGAAAUUAGAAACUCCAGCAUAUGAGCAUUGUCCAGCAUGCAGCCCCAAAGUGAUCGAAGCCUUCACUGAGUUAGGCUGGGAAUUUGUAAAGAAAGCAUUGGAAAACCCAUUGUAUCUCGAGGAAAUUAGCGGAUUAUCACUUAUAAAGCAAGAAGUUGAACUAUUAGGUAAUGAUGUUUUUGAAUGGGAAGGUAAUGAAUCUGAUGAAAUAGUCUGA